UGAAACUCUUUUUGCAUUUCAUUAAACGUACGCUAACUACCAAGACGCGGCGGAGGUACAGGUCCUCAGGCACUCUCCUUCCUUCCCUCUUGUUCCAAUUUUCAUCUGAUUUUCUCUGGUGAUUCGACAUCUGAUGUGAAGUAGAGUAACUGGAAGGUAUUUUUACGCUAAUUGAGUUGUUUCUGCGCUUGGUCAAGGCCUCGCCGGUGUGAUUGACAACACGCAGUAUUGAAAAGGAAAGACGAGUCGUUCACUCUUACUUUUCUUGCCCUCGACUCUCAUCGUCUCUCGCAGUAAUGGGAUACGCACUAUGGCUCAUCCCGUCCCCCGAGGAAUACAAUGCCUGGGAAGAGCUCAUGAAGUUCCGACCGCCUCAUUCCUCAGUGAAGCCUGAUUCUAAAUCAUACCCCCGCUUUGCUCCCCAUAUCACGCUCGCCACAUUCGCCGAUUUCCCACCCGCUCUUGAUAUAAACAAACUCCCUAUCUACGACCUCAGGCCUCCUGUGAUGAAGAUGAAGUUCGAAUCAUGGAAGCGGGGCGACACGUACCUCGGCGCUCUCGUCAUCAAGUUAUCCGAGCCUCGUGAGCUUAAGCGCCUUCAUGGAGUGAUUACCUCCUAUUUGGGUACCCUCGGCGCCCAGUGGAAGAGUCGCAACUUUCCGCACAUGUCGCUCUUCUACGUCGAUGAGCCACAAGAGCGGUUCAGAUUGGAGGAGGGUUUGAAAGACUACAAGGGGAUGGGGACUUUUGGCGACAGAGGGUAUCUGGCCCUGCGCAGCCGAUUCACGUUCACGGGAACCGAAGUCUGGCUGGUCGAUUGCACGCGUUCAGUGAGGCAGUGGCAGGUGAUGGAGAAGAGGUCACUCUCCUCAUCCAGGCUCAGAGAGCUUCGUUCCCGCCACACAGGAUCCGCCACCUUGCCGGUACCUACCCGGGCUGGCCCUUCUGCACCUGCACCUGCUUCAGUGUCCGCUCCACAGAUAACGAAACAGUCUUUAUAUCAACCACAGUACACUACGUCGCCAUCCACGAAGAAGACCUUCCCUCUAAACAGGACCCCUUCUCGCUCUACACCGAGCCCAUCGAAGACAAAUACUCUUCAUUCAUGCUCACGUUGGGCGCCACUUAGAAUAGCGACCACCGUAUCACGACCCAAAGAACUACGAAGGCGUCACCUUAGCGAAUCACUUUCAUCGCCGCUCCUCCCAUCGCCAUCUCCAUCUGCCUCUGCAACCACCUCGAUCUCAGAUGCCCAGAAGAUGCCUAUCUCGCCCACGUACAAGUACGCACAGCCGACACGUUACAGCCAACUUGAAGCAGAAUCAUCGAUAACCGCUAUGGAUGCUGAUCCACCACCCGUAGGAGCUGCGCCUCAUCUUCUUUAACGCAUCUAGCUGACAUGACGGGUCAGUGGCCCAGCUACCUAACGGCGAGCUAUAGUCGUUCGCAUACCCCAAUGCCGAACUUGUUCCCUUAUAUUCAUAACCCUCCCCAGCAGGUUCUCCUCUACUACGUAUCUAGGUUCAGUAGAUGAAGCAUAAAAACUACGUACCAGUAUCAGCGUGGACGUUAUCGACUUGUAGCAGAAUGUUAACAAACAAAAUCAGAAGCCUGACUUUGACUCUCGUUACUAGCGGGCGAUGAGAAAGCGUCUUCGGCUGAAGUAGG